ACACCACAUUAGUACACAGUCCGUGAGCUGCAUUAUUGCUGUGCCGGGUACUAUAAACUAAGAGUCCGCGUUCCCAUAACAACUGCCUCCUGCUCUUUCUGAUAAGAUAAGUCGCUUCACUCGUAGUUGAGAGAUUACGAAACGGCACACCUCGCCCGUGUGUCUCUGUCUCUUCUUUGGCAGUUUAGUUUUGCAUCCGAGCGGCGCGCGAUGGAGUUUUUGCUGGGCGGCCUGUCGUCCUGCUGCGCCGUGCUGUUUACGAACCCGUUCGAUGUGCUCAAGACCCGCCAGCAGCUGGAGGGGGAGCUUCAGGCUCGCAGUAAGGUCGGAGCGAGGGCGUACCGAGGCUUCCGGCAGUCGGUGAUUUCGGUGAUCAAAUCGGAUGGAGUUCGUGGACUGCAGAAGGGCCUUCCGGCGGCGGUGCUGUACCAGUUCUCGAUGAACUCGAUCCGGCUGGGGACGUACCAGACGGUGGACAAUCUUGGCUGGACCAAGAGUGAGAAUGCGCUGCUGAGUCCGGUGCUGUCGGUGUUUUGGGGUGGAUUUGCUGGAGUUAUUAGUUCGACGGUGUCGUGUCCGGUGUACGUGGUCAAGACGCAGCUGCAGGCCGUCAGUUCGGGUAGUUAUACGGCCAAGUUCCAGCACCGACAUCGCGGCACGGUGGACGCAUUCGUGAGCAUUUACAAGAGUUCCGGCGUGCGGGGGUUGUACCGAGGCUACACGGCGAACAUGGCACGGGUCUCGCUGGGAUCUUCCACCCAGAUGGCCUCGUUUGCGGCGUGUAAGGAUUUCUUCACGCAGUACGAACUGUUCCGGGAAUCGGUGGUGCUGACGGCACUGGCCAGCAGCACGGUGGCGGGGUUCUUCACGUCGGUACUGAUGUCCCCGUGUGACGUCGUUACGACCCGGAUGACCAACCAAGGUCUGUCCGAAAGUGGAAAAGGUCUGCUGUAUCGAAACAUCUUCGAUUGCUUCGUGAAGAUCUACCGCGCUGAAGGACUGCACGGACUGUACAAGGGAUUUGUACCGCUGUACGCGCGAGUUGCGCCCCAUACCGUGCUGAACUUGACUUUCUGGGAGUUUUUCAAGAAGCUCUACGAUAGCUAUUCGAAGAAGUGAUGAAUCUGAAUUGUUGUUGCAACAAAAGUGAUGAUCGGCAGGGAAUCGUGCUCAAAUAAAGAGUUUUGUUUUGUUUACUUCAUG